UGGUGUUGUCCUUGUUCGGCCCUCCUGCUGGCCGCUGCGGUGACAUGCGUGAUCCGCUCACUGCAAGUCGGCACUGGGGCUGUCUUAGUGUUUAGAGUCUUAGUUGUCUCCUCUUCCCACGCCGCUGGGUUCUCAUGGGGUCCCACUCUGGUGGUGUUUGGCGCCCCCGCCCAUCCCAGCAUCAUUUUUUCGAUUGGCAUUUUUUAUUUAAUCUUAUUAGUACUAUAUUCCUGCUGCUGAUUAUUUUAUCUCGAUUUAUUUUAUUUUCAUCAUCAUCGGGUCAGGCUCCUCACCGCCGAAUGCUGUCAACGACCUACGAUCGCCUGCUGCUCUGCUCCUACUGGGAAAGCCGCCGCGAGCCAGAAUCAACCACGCCUAGAAAAAAAAAAUAAUAAAUAAUAAUCAUCCAGCAUCAGCAUCAUCUCUGGCUGGUGUUCUUCCUUUUUCGUUUCUUCUCCA